GGUCAGCCCGGAGUUGCCAUGGAAACCCAGAGGCCCUAGUUAUGUCGCUGCAGCGGCCUCCUCCGUCGCGCGUGUUCGUAGAACUGGUUCCUUGGGCUUCUCGGGGCCAGGAAAACAAUUUGAUCACUGGCGGAGAAACGCGGCCCAAUGUCUGCCGCCCCUUUUCCUCAACACAGGCCCAAGCCGCGACCCGCGAAGUGCACGUCAGCGGCACUGCGGAGGUGUCUGCUAGUCCUGACCGGGCACAAGUGGCAGUGCGAGUGAGCAGCACCAAGGAGGCAGCGUCGGAGGCUAAGAAGAGUGUUGGCCGUCGCCUAGACUACAUCAUGCAGUGUCUCCAGCAGCAGGGAUUGCAGGCAGAAAAUGUAACUGUGACAAAGGAUUUUAGAAGAGUGGAAAAUGCUUAUCACAUGGAAGCAGAAGUUUGCCUUACAUUUACUGAAUUUGGAAAGAUGCAAAAUAUUUGUAAUUUCCUCGUUGAAAAGCUAGAUAGCUCUGUUGUCAUCAGUCCACCCCAAUUCUAUCAUACUCCAGGCUCUGUUGAGAAUCUUCGACGGCAAGCCUGUCUUGUUGCUGUUGAGAAUGCAUGGCGCAAAGCUCAAGAAGUCUGUAACCUUGUUGGCCAAACCCUAGGAAAACCUUUACUAAUCAAAGAAGAAGAAACAAAAGAAUGGGAUGGCCAACCAGAUAAUCAUCAGUCAUCCUCAAGUUCAUUAACUGUACAACAAAAAAUCAAAAGUGCAACAAUACAUGCUGCUUCAAAAGUACUUAUAACUUUUGAGGUGAGAGUCCUGGAAACAACACUGCAACCCACACACAGCUGACUGAGAACACCUGCUGCAGCUCUGAGGAGAACUGGACAGAUUCCCCCUCUCACCCCAGGAGAGCUGCCCUGCUGGCAAGAAGAGUGAAAAAACCACAGCAGGGUCCACCCUGCUUCUCUGUGUAAACUAGAAUAUUCAAAAAGUGGUAGACAGGCAGCAGCAGACAGAAUAAUAUACUUCUUGAAAGAUAGCAUGGCCCGGGUAGAUCCUGUAACAUGACUUCUAGAAGUCUAUAUGGAGGUAGUACUUUUAAUGCUGUUUUCAGUCUUAACACAAUUCUUAUCCAUAUUUUUGUACACCCUUUAAUACUUAGGUUAAUAUCAAGACUAGAAAGACACCUGUAUAAUCUAAAGAAUUUUUCAAAAUCCUGGGCUUGAACCCAGGCCUUAUGCAGGCUAUGGAAUGUAGUGUACCUGUACUGCUACACUUGCAAGCAACUGCAUCUGUGAAGAAGUGGCAAAGGCCAAAAUUUAUCAAGUGCUUGAAAUUAAUAAAACACAUGAUAAUUAGCAAA